UAAAGAAGUUGAAGAAAACAAAAAUGACAGCUAAAUAAAAAGAAAUUUGAUCGCGUUGAUCUUUGAAGCCGUGAAAUAAAUUAAAAUGACAGUCCAGCAACUCAACUCGAAUAUUUCAGACGACUCUGAUGACAUGGUUAGCUUACCAUCGGAGGAGGAAGUCUAUAGACGUAAAUAUCAGCUAUUGUUGGACCGAUGCGAGGUCCUACAGCAGGAUAACGAAAGAAUUGUGAACAGGAUACAAGAAGCCAAGAAAAUAACAAAACGCUAUCGAAAGGACAUAAAGUUGUUGAUAGAAAGGCUGGACAGACAUGGUGAUGGGUUCAGAUCUGCGGUAACAGAAGUGGAGGUGAAGCCCGAGGUGCCCCGCGCGCCCCGGCCAGCCAGCAAACAGACUACCGCUAAACCCUCGGAGAAACAAAGCACUGCACCUGUUAAGAAGCCUGGCCCUAAACGAAAAUCCAAGGCUGAUAAGCCUGAAAAGGAUCCAAAUGCUCCUAAGAAGCCAUGCAAUGCAUUCUUUCAAUUUUGCCAAGAGCAGAGACCACUAGUGGUAGCAGAGACCAGUUCAGAGAUGGGAGAGCCAAGCAAACAGGAGGUCACCCGGCAACUAGCUUCGAGAUGGAGAGCCCUAUCCACUGAAGAUAAAAGAGUUUAUGUGGCUAUGUUCGAGAGAUCGAAGGAGAAGUAUGCUGAAGAAAUGUCCGCGUACAUAAAGAAGGAACAAUGACAUUCAAUACCAACUUCUACCUCAUAGUUCUCUUGUGAUAGUCAGCUUUAAGUCUAGGAUAAAUGUAACAAAAUAAUAUAAGUAUGUCUAAUUUUACAACA